AUGGAGAAGGGAGCCGGAGGGAAGUGGGGCAGCGGCUCCUUUAAACGAGUUUCCAUCAAACGCUCGGCAUCCAGUGCCUCCAAUAAGGCCCAGAAAGCGUGGAUCGAGAGGAUCUUUCAGAAGAGAGAAUGUAUUCACAUAUUCCCCAGCAAGGACCCUACAAGAUGUUCGUGUGGUCAGCUCAUAACGCAGCACGUGGUGAUCCCGCUGGGCGCUCUGACCAACAAGCUGUCGGAAGAGAACCAUCAGCUAGUCCAGAUCGACCCGCCCCAGCAGGAGAGGUGGUCUGUGGCCAAAAACACACAGACCUCCCCCACGGAUGCCUUCGGGACCAUCGACUUCCAGGGUGGAGGCCUCAUCAACAAGGCAAUGUACAUCAGAGUGUCCCAUGACUCUAAGCCAGACAAUCUGCUCCAACUGAUGGUGAAAGACUGGCAGCUGGAACUCCCCAACCUGCUCAUCUCCAUCCACGGAGGCCUGCAGAACUUUGACCUGCAGCCCAAACUCAAACAGGUGUUAGGGAAGGGACUCAUCAAGGCUGCAGUCACCACCGGAGCAUGGAUCUUCACUGGUGGAGUCAGCACUGGUGUGAUUCGUCACGUGGGGGAUGCCCUGAAGGACCACUCCUCUAAGUCCAGAGGGAAGGUAUGUGCCAUCGGCAUCGCUCCCUGGGGCAUCAUAGAGAACAAGGAGGACCUCAUCGGUAGAGAUGUAACACGGCCGUACCAGACCAUGUCCAACCCGCUGUCCAAGCUGUCUGUCUUGAACAACAGCCACUCCCACUUCAUCCUGGCCGACAACGGCACUACAGGGAAGUACGGAGCGGAGGUGAAGCUACGCCGCCAGCUGGAAAAACACAUCUCACUGCAGAAGAUCAACACACGCCUGGGCCAGGGGGUCCCUUUGGUGUGUCUGAUAGUAGAAGGAGGUCCUAAUGUCAUCUCCAUCACCCUGGAGAGUCUGAAGGAGGAACCUCCCGUCCCCGUGGUGGUCUGUGAUGGCAGCGGGAGGGCAUCGGACAUCAUGUCCUUCGCUCACAAAUACUGCGAGGAGGGAGGUCUGAUAACUGACGACGUGAGGGACCAGCUGCUGGUGACCAUACAGAAGACCUUCAACUAUAGUAAGAGCCAAUCACAGCAGAUCCUGCUCAUGGUCAUGGAGUGCAUGAAGAAGAAGGAGCUGAUAACAGUGUUUCGAAUGGGUUCUGAAGGACAGCAAGAUAUUGAAAUGGCCAUUCUGACUGCUUUAUUAAAAGGAACCAACGCCUCUGCCCCGGACCAGCUGAGUCUAGCUCUGGCCUGGAACAGAGUGGACAUAGCACGCAACCAGAUCUUUGUCUACGGUCACCAUCUACCACCUGCCAGUGCCCUAGCUAACAGCAGUGGUACCGUAGCCACUACCACAGAGAGGCCGAAGAGUCCAGCCGCUGCCCCCAGGAACAAGGCCAAGGCCCGGGGGAAAAAGGGGAAGGGAGGGAAGGCCAAGCCUGAACCACCAGAGGAGACUGACCCUAGGAAGAUAGAACUAAUGCGAUGGGUGAACUCUCUGGAGCAGGCCAUGAUGGAUGCCUUGGUGCUGGACAGGGUGGACUUUGUCAAGCUGCUGAUAGAGAACGGCGUCAACAUCCACCACUUCCUCACCAUUCCUCGCCUGGAGGAGCUGUACAACACGAGACUGGGUCCUGCUAACACGUUGCAUGUUGUGGUGAGAGAUGUCAAGAAGGGCAACCUCCCGCCAGACUACCAGAUCACUCUGAUUGACAUUGGUCUGGUGAUGGAGUACCUGAUGGGUGGGGCGUACCGCUGUAACUACACCAGGAAGAACUUCAGGGCGCUUUACAACAACCUCUACGGGCUGAAGAGGCCAAAAGCCUUGAAGAUGCUGGGGCUGGAGGACGACGAGCCGAGGGGAAAGAAGAAGAAAGGGAAGAAGAAGAAAGAGGAGGAGGUAGAGAUAGAUGUGGACGACCCUGAGGUCUGUCGCUUCACCUACCCCUUCCACGAGCUGAUGGUGUGGGCCGUUCUCAUGAAGCGCCAGAAGAUGGCACUGUUUCUGUGGCAACGUGGGGAGGAGGCCAUGGCCAAGGCUCUGGUGGCCUGUAAGCUAUACACAGCCAUGGCUAAAGAGUCAUCUGAACUGGUGGACGAUAUCGCCCAGGACCUGGACAACAACUCCAAGGAGUUUGGCCAGCUUGCCUACGAGCUCCUGGACCAGUCCUAUAAGCACGAUGAACAGGUGGCCAUGAAGCUGCUGACGUAUGAGCUGACCAACUGGAGCAACUCUACCUGUCUGAAGCUGGCCGUGGCCGCCAAGCACAGAGACUUCAUCGCCCACACCUGCAGUCAGAUGCUGCUGACCGACAUGUGGAUGGGAAAUCUGAGAAUGGGGAAGAACCCUGGGCUUAAGGUGAUUCUGGGCAUCAUAUUCCCUCCAUCAAUUCUGCUGCUGGUGGACUUCAAAGGAGAAGACCAGUCCUACACAGCUGACUCUGAAGAAGGGAAAGACAAGGACGAUGACGCUGGCAAGGAUGACGUUGUGUCAAGGAAGGGGGAUGAAGAGGAGGGCAGCAGUAAUGUCAGGAGGAAGCCCAUUGGACGGAGGAUCUAUGAGUUCUAUGAUGCCCCGUUCACCAAGUUCUGGUUCAACACCAUCUCCUACCUGGGCUACCUGAUGCUGUAUAACUACAUAAUCCUGGUGAAGAUGGAGCGAUGGCCGUCCAUCCAGGAGUGGACCGUCAUUGCCUACAUCCUAACGCUCGGCUUCGAGAAAGUCAGACAGAUCCUGAUGUCAGAGCCUGGGAAGCUGAAGCAGAAGAUCAACGUAUGGCUGCAAGAGGUCUGGAACAUCACUGACCUGGCAGCCAUCUCCACCUUCCUGGUUGGCCUUCUGCUGAGGCUGCAGAACGAACCCCUCCUGGGCAUCGGACGUGUCAUCUACUGCAUAGACAUCAUCUUCUGGUACAUCAGGGUGCUCGACAUCUUCGGGGUCAACAAGUACCUGGGACCCUAUGUCAUGAUGAUUGGGAAAAUGAUGAUCGACAUGCUGUACUUCGUGAUAAUCAUGUUGGUGGUGUUGAUGAGUUUCGGGGUGUCGCGGCAGGCCAUCUUGCACCCUGAUGAGGAGCCAACAUGGCGUUUGGCCAGGAACAUCUUCUACAUGCCCUACUGGAUGAUCUAUGGAGAGGUGUUUGCUGACUCGAUCGACCUCUAUGCAAUGGAAAUCAACCCGCCGUGUGGUGAGAACCUGUAUGAUGAGGAUGGUAAGAAGCUGCCUCCGUGUAUCCCUGGAGCCUGGCUGACCCCGGCCAUCAUGGCCUGUUAUUUACUGGUGGCCAACAUCCUGCUGGUCAACCUGUUGAUUGCUGUCUUCAACAACACUUUUAUGGAGGUGAAGGCCAUCUCCAACCAGAUCUGGAAGUUCCAGAGAUAUCAGCUGAUUAUGAUCUUCCAUGACCGUCCGAUCCUCCCUCCGCCCCUCAUCGUGUUCAGUCACCUCUACCUCCUGUUCAGAAGCUUUCGCUGCACCAAGAAGAAUGAUGGAGAUCUGAAUGAGAAGGACAGAGGACUCAAGCUACGGCUAAACCCUGAGGAGCUGAAGGCUCUAUUUGAGUUUGAGGAGCAGUGUGUGGAGGAAUACUUCAGAGAGAAGGAAGACGAGCACCAUUCAUCCAGUGACCAGAGGAUCAAGGUCACAUCAGAACGGGUGGAGAACAUGUCCAUGCGUCUGGAGGAGGUGAAUGAGCGGGAGAACACCAUGAAGGCGUCCCUGCAGACGGUGGACCUUCGCCUGGCUCAGCUGGAAGACAUCCACAGCCGCAUGAUGAACGCCCUAGAGAAGCUGGCUGGGGUCGACCAUUCAGAGCUUAAACGCUCCCAUUCCACACACUCCUCCUACUGCGACCCGUCCUCCCUGCUCCGAGCCAGCUCCAUCAACAGCGCUGACGGCUACAGCAUGUACCGCUUCCAGAUGGACGUGGAGGAGGCUGAGAGGAAAGCCCAGCUUGGCACUGAGAGGCAGGGCAGUGUACGGUCUCGCCUAGGGUCUGAGAGGCAGGGCAGUGUGCUGUCUCGUCUAGGGUCUGAAAGACAGGGCAGCUUACUGUCUCGUCUAGGGUCUGAAAGACAGGGCAGUGUCAGCAGAACAUCCAACCUGUCUGUAGGUCCGGAGAGACAGGGCAGUCUACAGAAAUUGUCUAGCGCAUCUACCCUGACUGUAGGCCGGGAGCGACAUGGCAGCCUACAAACCAGAGUUUCCAAGGACUACGGCCAGCCGUUAGACAUGGACAGAGCAGACAGGACACGGCCCAGCUCCUAUGUGGACAUCCUGAUCUCCCCAUGUGAACAAAGGGCUGAAGGGGAGACAGAUGGAGGAGAAACCAAGUCUGACAUACCUAAAGACAAAGUACCAGAACCCACAGAUCCACUGGAUGUUGCAUUAGCUAAAGCAGGUCUAACAAGAGAGAAGACCAAGCUGGAGAAGUCUAGAUCUGUUAAAUGCUAUCCCAGCAACCCUGUGGAUCACUGCAUUACCUCUAGAAGCAGGGCUAAGAGCACUAUCCUCUACGACCAAACUGCUGCCGAUUGCGAGGCCCUCUGGGUUGCCGACUACAAUCCUAAACAGGAAUCCCCAGACAGUAGAGAUCCUCCGGAUAGUGCAUUACCUAAAGAAGGUCUGCCAAGAGAGAAGUCCAAGCUGGUGGCAACCAUGUCCUCCCCAUUGGCGAAGUUUAUCCAUCCUAUCCCAUACUACCACACCACACCUCCGUUUACCCCUCGAUCCACUAGGACCAGGGCUAAAAGCAACAUCUCCCCAACCACAGCAGGGGAUGAGAGUGAGGCCCUCUGGGCUGCAGACUACAGAUCUGUGAUAGACCAGGUAUCCGAUGCUCCAGGCCAGUUGCCAGCCUGCUGGGAGUACAAGGUCCACCACAUCCACAUCGGACAACAGCCCAAGGUCUCUGUGGUCAGGCCUCAUGGCCAGCUACUUGACACACAGAGAUUCUCUGAACCUGAGCCUGAAAAACUGGAGUCUAACAAAAUUCCUCUGAUUCCACCAGCUGUAGAGACUGAACUACUUAAACAGCAUUCUGACAUGGUUCAACAAGAUGCUUCGCUGGUUCCACCAGAGGCUUUGCUGGUUCCUCCAGACAUUAAGUUGUCACCUCCUCCUCUGACUGAGCUGGAUCCUCCAGAGACUGAGUUGGUUCCACGAGUUCUUCCACUGGGUCCUCCAACUAUAGCAACAUACCUGGUUCUUCCAACCAUAAAAACACACCUGCACUGGACCACUGUCAAAUACUCCAGAACCAUCCACCACUGGACCACUGUCAAAUACUCCAGAACCAUCUACCACUGGACCACUGUCAAAUACUCCAGAACCAUCCACCACUGGACCACUGUCAAAUACUCCAGAACCAUCCACCACUGGACCACUGUCAAAUACUCCAGAACCAUCCACCACUGGACCACUGUCAAAUACUCCAGAAUCAUCCAGCACUCCUGCUGA